AUGAAGAGGCUUGUAAAUCCGGGUGAAGAUCUGAACAGUAUUAAGGCUACAGAGACAUAUGUGAGGGAUGAUGAGCAGAGUAGAGAGGACAUUCCUACAGAUAACCACCCAGAUGACUGUACCAGGAGCUCAGUGGAACAUCUGAUAUCUUCAGAUUUUAAGACAGAUAAUUAUGGUAUAAAGCAAGAUAUAUAUGAAGCGCUUGCUAUUAUCCCAGAUGAAUCCCCGGCCUUUCAUAGGAAAGAUCUAUCAUCUGAUCCUUUGGUUGAAGUCCACUCUAAUGAUUCAUUACAGACCAUUAGGCAAAAUAACAGUCACAGAAGUAGUGUUCAACAUCAAAGAACUCACACAGGAAGGAAGCAAUUUGCAUGUUCAGAAUGUGGGAAAAGUUUCAAAACAAAAUCUGAUUUUGUUAAUCAUGAGAGAAGACACACAGGGGUAAAGCCAUUUUUAUGUUUAGAAUGUGGGAAAAGUUUUAAGUACAAAUCCAAACUUGUUAUACAUGGAAGAAUUCACACAGGGGAGAAGCCAUUUUCUUGUUCAGAAUGUGGAAAGGGUUUUAAAAAUAAAUCUGAACUUGUUAUACAUGAAAGAAUUCACACAGGUGAGAAACCAUUUUCAUGUUCAGAAUGUGGAAAAUCUUUCAACCAGAAAGCAAAUCUUGUUACACAUCAGAAAAUUCACACAGGGGAGAAGCAAUUGUCAUGUUCAGAAUGUGGAAAGGGUUUUAACUAUAAAAGUCAUCUUAUUAUACAUGAAGCAAAGCACACAGGGGUAAAGCUUUUUUCAUGUUCCAAAUGUGGAAAGGGUUUUAACAAUAAAUACAGUUUUGCUAUACAUGAGAGAAUUCACAAAGGGGUGAAGCCAUUUUCAUGUUCAAAAUGUGGGAAAUAUUUUACAGAUAAAUCACUACUUGUUAGACAUCAAAGAAUUCACACAGGGGAGAAACCAUUUUCAUGCCCAGAAUGUGGGAAAUGUUUUACAGAGAAAUCAUAUCUUGUUAGACAUCAGAGAAUUCACACAGGGGAGAAGACAUUGUCAUGCCCAGAAUGUGGGAUUUUUUUUACAUAUAAAUCAGAUCUCGUUAUACAUGAGACAAUUCACACAGGGGUCAAGCGAUUUUCAUGUUCAAAAUGUGGAAAAGGUUUGAAAUCUAAAUAUGAUCUUGUCAAUCAUGAGAGGAUACAUACAGGGGAAAAGCCAUUUUCAUGUUCAGAAUGUGGAAAAUGUUUUACCAGUAAUUCACAUCUUUUUAGACAUCAGAGAAUUCACACAGGAGUAAAGCCAUUUUUAUGUUUAGAAUGUGGGAAAAGUUUUAAUGAUAAAUCUGAUCUUGUUAAACAUGAGAGAGGUCACACAGGGGAAAAGCCAUUUUCAUGUUCAGAAUGUGGGAAAUGUUUUAUAGAUAAAUCAAAACUUAAUACACAUCAUAAAAUUCACACAGGGGAAAAGCCAUUUUCAUGUUCAGAAUGUGGGAAAUGUUUUAUAGAUAAAUCAAAACUUAAUACACAUCAUAAAAUUCACACAGGGGGGAAGCCAUUUUCAUGUUCAGAAUGUGGGAAAUCUUUCAACCGUAACUCAAAUCUUGUUACACAUCAAAGACUUCACACAGGGGUAAAGCCAUUUUCAUGUUCAGAAUGUGGGAAAUCUUUCAACCACAUCAAAGAAUACACACAGGGAUGA